AACUCCACAAUGCAGGAACCCAUCGCCGUGGUUGGGUUUAGCUUCAAGCUACCGCAAGGCGUAGACGACGUUGACAACUUCUGGGACGUUCUCGAGACACGGACCAACCUUUCAACAGACUGGCCUGAAGAUCGUAUCAAUGUUGGCGCUGUCAAGUCAAACCAGUAUAACAAGGUCCAAUGUCGAGGAGGUCACUUCAUCACCGAAGACCCGGCCGUCUUCGAUGCCCCAUUCUUCUCCGUCACGGCCAAAGAGGCGGCAUCCAUGGACCCACUCCAGAGAUGGACCCUUGAGGCGUCAUAUCAUGCUUUUGAGAAUGCCGGAAUCCCGAUCGAGGACUUGAAGCAGUCCAACACGGCAGUAUUUUCAGCCUCCAUGUCUGACGAUUACAGCCGUAUGGGGUCCAUGGACCCAGAAGACCAUCACCAGAUGGCCACAACAGGAACCUUUGCGUCCAUCAUCCCCAACCGAGUGAGCUGGUACUUUGACCUACGUGGACCCAGCAUCCAUAUCGAUUCUGCCUGCUCCAGCAGUCUGUUCGCCGUAGAUAUGGCAUGUCAGUCCAUAUUAAGCGGCAAUGCGGACACAGCCCUCGUGACCGGUGGAAACGUCAUAUUAGUACCCAACACCUUCCAGAUGCUAUCUGCUCAAGGUUUUCUGUCCCCCAGCAGCAAAUGCUUCAGCUUCGACCAUCGUGCGAAUGGUUAUGCCAGAGGCGAGGGUAUCGUUGCCAUGGUCCUCAAGCCACUGAGAGAUGCAAUACGGGACGGCAAUGUGAUCCGUGCAGUCAUUAGGGCUUCCGCUUCUAAUCAGGACGGGCGCACUCCUGGUUUGACGCAGCCAAGUUCUGAUUCCCAGGCGGACUUGAUUCGUCGAGUUUACGAAAAGGCCCAACUGCCUCUAGAUAGAACCCGUUUCUUUGAGGCCCACGGAACCGGAACUCCAGUAGGAGAUCCCAUCGAGAUGGCAGCCAUUGGUCGUAUAUUUGCGCCUUUGCGCACACCAGAGACGCCAUUGUUUGUUGGCUCCGUCAAGAGCAAUGUCGGCCACCUUGAGGCAUGUGCAGGACUGGCUGGGCUAAUCAAGACCAUCUUGGCACUUGAAAGUGGCAUCAUUCCACCGCAGGCAAACUUUGAGAAGGUUAACCCAAAACUGGAAACCGAGAAGUACAACAUCAAAGUUCCAGCAGCUGCUAUACCGUGGCCUUGCGAAGGUUUGCGUCGAGCCUCGGUCAACUCCUUCGGAUUUGGAGGCACCAACUCUCAUGUUAUUGUUGACGAUGCCUUGCACUAUCUCGAGGAAACGGGAUUGAAUGGAAACCACAACACUGUUAGAUCACCAAAUCCCGAUGCACGACCAAAAGGUGUUGUCGAAGAAGAGCUCAGCGGGAUCCAGUCCAGGCCGAACAGGGCAGUGUCCAAGCAGAAUGGGUUGAGGCAAAACGGCGAUAACAUUGGCAACUCAAACGAACAAAGCUUGUCAUAUGACAGCAGCGAAAUAAAUGGAAACAAUGGAACUGCAACGAACGGGACAGGAAAGCACCAAAAUGACGAAGCCACUCACGAAAAUGGAAAUCAGCAUGAGCAUCCUCGUAUUCUCGUUUGGUCCGCUGCAGACCAACAGGCUCUUGGUCGUAUGGGCAAACAGUUGGAAACCUUUCACAGAGACCAGAUCUCUGGCAAUAGUCACAAGCUAGAUAGGCUUGCCUACACGCUCGCGACCCGCCGUAGCCUCAUGCUUUGGCGCCAAUUCGCCACGGUAACAUCGACACCGGCCGGCGUCGCACGUCAAUCCAUCCUCGCGUCAUCUUUUAAAGCAACAAGGAGCACAGGAACGUCAGAACUCGGUGUCGCUUUCAUUUUCACCGGCCAAGGUGCGCAGUAUAUCGAUAUGGGCCGUGGUUUACUGCGAUACCCUGUGUUUGAGCAAACCCUGCAGCGUAUCGAUAAUGUCUACCAAAAACUCGGUUGCAAAUGGUCAUUGUUUGACGAGUUGAGCAAUACCGCGACCAUAAACCUGCCCACACACAGCCAGCCCUUGUCGACGGCCCUGCAAAUCGCGAUGAUUGAUCUUUUGAGGGCUUUUGGAAUCGUGCCCAAGGCCGUCGUGGGCCAUUCUUCGGGCGAAAUCGCAGCUGCCUACGCGGCGGGGGCGCUCUCGCUAGAAUCGGCGUGCAAGGUUUCUUUUGUGCGGGGGCAGCUUGCGGGCUAUCUCAAGCAGCAGUUGCAGGCCUCUCAAACCCCCGGUGCCAUGAUGUCUGUCAACCUUCCCGAAGCAGACAUACCAAGUUAUCUGGCCGACAAAGACCUGGCUCGGGACAGCAGCAUCAGUAUAGCUUGCAUAAACAGCCCUGGGAACGUGACAUUAGCCGGGGACGAAGCAGCUAUAGAUGCACUCAAGAGCUGCCUGGAAAGUGAUGGGAUCUUUGCACAAAAGCUGAAUACAGGUGUUGCUUACCACUCGGCACACAUGAAUCAAAUAGCCAGCGAGUACUUAACCCAAAUGGGCGUACUUCACGGCUGCGCAAAUCCGGAUGUAGCGAAGAGGAUUCCUAUGGUAUCGUCCGUCACAGGCAAAACCAUAGAUCCAAGCGAGCUUGCUAAGGCUCAGUAUUGGGUCGACAACAUGGUCUCCCCCGUGCAGUUCUCCGACGCCGUUCGAACCCUCACCUCAGCCCUCAAGGAUCAAGUUGGUAGUAUUACCGAUCUCGUUGAGGUUGGGCCCCACCCUGCCUUGCGUCGGCCGGUACUGGACACCUUGAAAACCGCUAUCAAGAAAUCACAAAGAGAAAUUCGAUACGCUUGUGUCUUGCACAGGAACCGUUCGGCCCUCGAGACAGCCCUCGAGCUAGUAGGCCAGCUUUUCUGUGCAGGGUACAGCAUGGACAUCCCAGCCGCAAACAACCACUCAGGAGUUAGUAUCGUACCUCUGGUCGAUCUGCCUGCGUACCCCUUUGACCGCAGCAAGAAGUAUUGGACUGAGUCCCGCCUUAGUCGCAAUUUCCGCCUUCGUCAGCCAACAACAUCGGGCGAUUUUCUCGGUGCACGAUUUUACGACUGGAACCCUCUCGAACCGCGCUGGCGCAGCUUCUGGAGUGUCGAAUCAGCACCCUGGACAGGUGACCACGUGGUGAGUGGGACUGUGAUACUCCCGGGUGCAGCCAUGUUGAUUAUGUCCAUCGAGGCAGUCCAAGAGAUGGCAAUACCAAAUCGCGAGGUGCUAGGUUACGAGGUACACGAGGCCGAAUUCGUUGCUCCAGUUAUCAUUCGUGAGAGGUGGGAAGAGCGGACCGAGGUGAUGGUCCGACUUCGGCCUAUCAAAUCCAUGACCAACGAGAUCAAGGCGGUGGCUCAGUCAGAGGUUGUGAUUUUUGCUUAUUUGGAUGACCAAUGGGUAGAUUGCUUCCGCGCAAGACUCUCGGUUCGAUAUGGUGGCGCGUCACCGGCUCAGAUGGACGAGUGGAAACUCGUUCAUGCUCGUCUUGUGAAUGAGGUUAGGCGCGCGGACAAGUCCUGCACACGACCAAUCAGCCCGCAAGUCUUUUAUGAUGACGCCGCAGAGCUUGGCAUUGAGUGGAAAGACUGGUUUAGUCAUCUAGAUGAUAUUCGAUGGGAUGGAUCUGGUGGCACCAUAGGUCACAUCGAUCUCGAGCGUCGCGAUCCUGGAGGUCGAUACAAGACAGCCAGCAUUGUUCAUCCGGCGGUUCUUGAUGCCGCAUUCCAGGUGCUGCGCGUCAGCACUACCAAAGGGCUUUCACUGUCCUCCGCAAGUACAAACGUUCCAUUCAAGUUGACCAACGCAUAUUUCGCUGCAUCGCACAACUGGCAGGCCCCUGGAACAACUUCCGUCAAAUUCUAUGCUGCCUGCUUGCCAGAGGAAUGCGGGCGGUCUCGCGUCAACGGGCGCGUUUAUGCCAUUUCGGACGAUGGCACUAUACUGUGCAGCAUGGACAACAUGGUUAUGGCAGCUGUGAGCACUGGUCCCCAGAGCCAUGAUUCCAGCCGGAAGUUGCUUCAUCGGAUCGAUUGGAAGCCACAGAUGAGCCUGCUCAGCGCAGAGCAGCUCGCGAUCGAGUGCGAAGCCGACACAUUUCCAGACAAGGACGAAGCGACAUUGGUUGCACAGUUCGAUAAGCUGCGGCUUGCCAUGACUGAAGCCAUUGCUGCGAGUCUCCAUGAGUUAGACACCAGCAACCAAACCGUACCGGAAUCCAUGCAGAGGCACUUGACAUGGAUGAGGCAAUAUCUUAAAGACACAGAAGUCAAACCCAGGGGAUUGAGCAAAGAGGAGCUCGAGGUGGAAAUGAGGGAACUCGAGCUUAUGCGACCUGCCUGGCAACUACACUGCGCCUUCAUGCGCGAUCUGCAACCGAUUCUGACUGGCGCUGUAGAUCCUUUGCAAAUAAUGUUUGGAUCUGACCAAGCUGGAUUGUUCUACGCCGACAUGUUUGCUCAGGUUUGUGACCAUCGUCUGCGGAAGUUCCUCCAUCUUGCCGCCCAUGAGAACCCAAACAUGCGGAUCAUCGAAGUGGGUGCUGGAACGGGUGGCUUCACUGGAACCAUACUGCCAAUUCUGGCAGCGCUUGAGGCAGAGACUGGCACGCAGAGAUUCAGAUCGUACACAUAUACAGACGUCUCUCCUGCCUUCUUCGAGGCAGCAGAGGCACGCUGGGGAGCCGCUGGAGGACGACUCCGGGAGAGGAUGGUGUUUAAGACGUUCAACAUGAAAAAUAGCACCGAAAAGGAGGGAUAUGAGGAGGGCGCAUACGAUAUAGUGAUUGCUGGAUCCGUCCUCCAUGCCACAGAGGAUCUUCUCGAGACCAUGCGUAACGUUCGAAAGUUGCUCAAGCCAGGGGGCCUUCUUUUGGCUCUCGAGACGAUAGCCCCGCACGAUAUUAUAACCAACUAUUCAACAGGAUUGAUCCCUGGUUGGUGGGGAGAGCGGGAGGAAUGGCGUGGCCUGUCUGCUGCAAUACCCGAGUCCAUGUGGGACUGGGUUUUUACAGAAACGGGGUUUUCCGAGAGACAGCUGAGUCUUCGAGACUAUAGUAGCAACGAACUUCACUUGUUCAGUGUUAUUGUCUCUCGCGCGACGGCCGAGAAUGACCUGAUUCGCCAAAAGCAUACAUCCAAGCUGCUGUUUUUGGUGGAAGACAUUAACGAACAAGACCAAAUCCGAGCGGCAGACCUGGUCCGGGAUCAAAUAGCGCAAGGACGUGAUUCCCGAAUCUUGGACCUCAAAACAGCUGCUGGGAUAAGAAUUGGAGAGGACGAUGUCCUCAUAUCAAUGAUAGAUAUGUGGCGUCCAGUAUUGGCGAGUCCGUCACCUGCCGAGUUUCAUGCUAUUCAAGACUUGAUCAAUCGCACGAAAAACUUGCUCUGGGUUACUCGAGUCAAUUCAUCAGAUGAUGAAAGUGCAAAGGGCAGCGCUGAUCUCGGGUGGAUGCGAACCGUCCGAACAGAAGAGCCAGGGAAAAAUCUUGUCAGCUUGCUGAUUGAGUCUAGCCUGUCUGGUCAAGACAGCAGCACACAUGCGGAGUGCGUAGCCAAGGUGUUCGAUGCAGCCUUCGGCUCAUACGCAAGCCCGGAGCGUGAAUAUAUUUACCGCGACAGUCGCAUCAUCACCGGGCGUGUUGUCGAGGAUGUAAGACAAAACAAGCAGCUAGUAUCGUUGUUACGGCCACAGAUCCAGAGGGCUCCAUGGCUCUCCAAGGGUCCAGUCAAGCUUUGCGUGGGUGCAGAUAAAACUUUGGGGUCGUUGGCUUUCGUCGAGGACCCAGACCAUAACAGACCGGUCGAAGGAGACGAAGUGGAAAUCGAAGCUCGAUCAUGGGCCAUCAACUUCCGUGACGUUCUCGUUGCAUUAGGCAAGAUGGAAAGUGACAAUGACCUGGGUGUUGAUUGCGCAGGUGUGGUCACAAGGGUUGGACCGCACUGUCAGAAUAUAAAGCCGGGAGACAGGGUAGUCAUGGUAUCGCCAAACUGUAUGAGGGCUUUCCCGCGCUCCCCGCAGGGAGCUGUGUGCAAGAUACCUGACUCCAUGUCAUUUGAGAUUGCCGCUUCAGUCCUCAUCCCGGGAAUGACGGCCUACUUUGGCUUGGCGGAUCGAGCUCGUCUAAGCAAAGGCGAAAAGGUUCUCGUUCAUUCUGCGGCUGGCAGCUCGGGACAGAUGGCUGUGUGGAUUGCACAGAUGCUGGGCGCUGAAGUCUUUGCGACCUGCUCCGACGACAGCAAGCGCAACUUCCUCGUCAACAAUAUGGGGAUCCCGGAAGAUCACAUAUUUUUCAGUCGUGAUACCUCCUUUGCCGAAGCAGUCAAGCGGAUGACAAACGGACGAGGCGUCGACGUUGUGUUCAGCUCACUCUCUGGAGACGCGCUUCGUGCCUCAUGGGCUCUUCUCGCCCCCUUUGGUCGGUUCGUUGACAUUGGUGAAGCCGACCAACAUGCCAACGCAGCCCUUCCGAUGGGUGGUUUCCUACACAACCGUAGCUACUUUGCGUUAGAUCUCCGAGACGUUGUUCUGAACAACCUUGAGCUAACAUCGCGCCUACUCCGCGAUAUCAUUCAACUCCUUGUCGAUGGCAAGAUACGUCCACCUGGGCCCGUCCUCAAUAUUUUCCCAGCAUCGGACAUAGAGCUAGGUUUCAGGCAGCUCCAAGGUGGUAAGAACAUUGGUCGCUGCUUGAUUACACUCGAUCGGAACGACAUCGUGCCACAAAUGAUCACUGAGAGUCGAGACUGGAAGUUCGACUCCAAAGCGUCAUAUUUGAUUGCCGGAGGAACCGGUGGGCUUGGCAGAUCACUCGCCAGGUUUUUGGCUAGCCGUGGGGCUCGACACAUUAUUCUCCCAUCUCGGUCGGGUGCGGGCGAGGCAGGUUCGAAAGUGUCCGAGCUGUUGGUGGAACUACGCAGCCGAGGUGUCAACAUUGAGGCCCCCAGGUGCGAUGUGGCAGAUGAAGCCUCUCUAGUCGCCACACUCAAGGACUGUCAUGACAGGCUCGGGAUGCCCCCUGUCAAAGGUUGUAUCAACGCCGCCAUGGUGCUUCAAGAUUCCGUGUUUGCCAACAUGAGCCAUUCCCAGUGGGACCUUACCAUGCGGUCCAAGGUGAAGACAUCUUGGAACUUGCAUAGCCAGUUCAACACUCCGGAUCUAGACUUCUUUGUCCUCCUCUCGAGUCUCAUAGGUACAAUCGGUGGCCCGGGCCAGGCCAACUACGCAGCAGGGUGUGCCGCACAAGAUUGGCUUGCCGAACAUCGCCAACGACUGGGGUUACGUGGCAACAUAUCGAUUGACGUUGGCUGGAUGAAAAACGUCGGCAUCGUGUCCGAGGAAGUAAGCUAUCAACGACACCUCAAGUUGGUUGAAGAUAUGCACAAGCUCGAAGAGGAGGAGCUGCUUGCGCUAUUGACUCUAUGUUGUGAUCCAUCAAGGUCAUCGUCUCAAAAAUCUGGCGAGGAUGCACGUGUGCUUUUUGGGCUGCGCACGCCAGACGAGUUCUUGGACCAAUGCAAAGAGCCGCCGGAGAUGCUCAGCCGGCCCCUGUUCACGACCUUCCUGCACAGCAAUGAGAAGAGCGCUGACCAGGCAGUCGGUCAAUCCGUUGCAAGUGAUCCUGGUGCCAUUUUUAGAGCCACUCCCGACGCAACGGACCGGGCCAGGGUGGUUGUUGAGGGGCUCAAGCAGAAACUCGGCCGUUCCAUGGCAAUUUCACCCGACGAUGUGCAGGUCGAAAAGCCUUUGUCGGCAUAUGGCGUCGACUCUUUGUUCGCGGUCGAACUCCGUAAUUGGAUCCUCAAGGACUUUGCGGCUACCGUAGCGGUUUUCGAUAUAAUGGGCAAUGUGCCCAUUUCCAACAUUGGGAAACUUGUGGUUAGCAGAAGUACUGUUGAAUUCGGGCAGACCUGA